ACUCUCGCUCAUGCCUCUCUCUCCAGCAACAACUGCACCACUCUUCGCCCUCACUCCUUGCUCUCCACAAGGAGGCAGGACAAGUAGAGAGAGGACUUGUCCUCCUUUGCCCGGCGCCCAGUGUAGGAGAAGACUCUCAGCAACUGCCUGAAGAAGCACUGCAUCAUUGGUGAGGAAGCCGAUACCCAUGUGUUUGUGCCUUUACCGCUAAACCACACGGUUCUGCAGCUCCGGAGGAGCAGGCUAGAACAUGACAAGUAAAGCUUCAGGGAAGGAGGUUAAAUUGUAUCUUAAGAAGGCAAGUUAUAUUUUAAAAGGGCAAAGGAAGCAGUUGCGUAACUAGUGAGUGACCUUGCAGCCUUUGCACACACCAGCAGAUCCACCAGCUAAGAUGGAAAGUAAACAGCGUCACUACACCGGCUUGAAGAAGUGAGGGCCGUGGAAUCGAGUGCUCCCUGAGGAAAACCUGAUAUCACCUUUCCCCUGCAGUGAGGAGGCGAACCAACCAGCCUAGAGCAUCCUGACAAGAGGAGGGUGACUGACGGCACUACCGUCCAAUCACAUGGCGGUGUUCGCCCCGCGGCUGGGCGGUGCUUCCUGGUCCGCCCUGCUGAUCGGGUCGCGGUGCCGGUCCCGGUUCGCGGAGGUGAUGGCUUCUCCGGGCGACUCCAGCGGGGCUGGAGCGGGGUCGGGAUCCGAGCCGCCGCCGUCCGGGGACCUGCGCAGCGUGCUGAUCACCAGCGUGCUGAACCUGGAGCAGCUGGAGGUCGACCUCUUCAGGUGCGCAUGGACGCCGGAGCAGCGGGACCGGGCGGGCGGGCAGAUCGUGGGGCAGGCGCUGGUGGCGGCAGCCCAUGCCGUGAGCCGCGACGAGCAGGUGCACUCUCUGCACUGCUACUUCGUGCGGACAGGGAACCCCAAAGUGCCGGUGCUGUACGAGGUGGAGCGGACCCGUACAGGGAAGAGUUUCUCUGUUCGCUCCGUAAAGGCCAUCCAGCAUGGACAGCCGAUCUUCACCUGCCAGGCCUCCUUCCAGCUCUCCCAGGGAAGCCCAGUGCAGCACCAGUUCACUAUGCCCACCGUGCCACCCCCCGAGGAGCUGCUGACACAGGACGAGCUCAUCCAGAAGUUCCUGCAGAAUCCUAAUGUGGCCGAGGGAUACAGGAAACGUCUCACCAAGAUCCAAGCUCAAGAUGUGCCCAUUGACAUUAAACCUGUGAACCCACCAGAUAUAUUCAGCUCAGAGCCACAGGAGGCAAAGCAGCUCUUCUGGGUGCGAGCACGAGGCUACAUAGGGGAGACUGACAUGAAGGUGCACUGCUGCGUGGCCGCCUACAUCUCUGACUACGCCUUCCUGGGCACGGCCCUGCUCCCGCACCGGCAGUACCGCAUCAAGUUCAUGGUGUCCCUCGACCAUUCCAUGUGGUUCCAUGCGCCCUUCAGAGCUGACCACUGGAUGCUGUACGAGUGUGAGAGCCCCUGGGCUGGUGGGUGCCGGGGCUUGGUGCAGGGACGGCUGUGGCGCAGGGACGGGGUGCUGGCUGUCACCUGUGCACAGGAAGGUGUCAUCAGGGUGGAACAGACACCAAACCAGAGCAAGCUCUAGCUGAGGAGACCCUGAUGACUCAGACUGGGCUCAGGCAUGCCGAGGGAGGGACCCUCAGAUCGAGAUAGGACCUGGACAGGAACAGGAAGGAGACCAGGUGGGAUCAAGCACUGGAAGUCCCAGUGCAGGAGGUGGCGGCAACAGACAGUGACCAACAGAGCAUCACUGCAACCAGCUGCUAGCUGCACAGCAUGUAACUGCAGGCUGCCAUCAGCUAUCCUUCACUCAUCUUAAAAUAAAGACAUUGGGUGAAGAGCUGGACUUUCUCCCUGGAGUUUGUCCCCUUGGACGCAUGACUGUGCUUGCACGAGGGCAGGCAGUGCCAGCAGCACAGUAGAUCAGCUCUGCCCCCACAGCAGGCUGGGUCACGGUAAGGGAAGGUACCACUUUGGCACACGUUGCUUCCUCUUCUCACUUCUGCACUGCUUGUGCCCUGGCUCCUCAGUUACUGCUUCUGCUUGCCCUUGGGCUCCUCUCCAGGACUGGGCUUGGGCCCAGCUGGGAGAAGGGAAUAAGGCAGCUCCCACCUCUGUGUGGAGGCUUAAGGCCUCCCACUGAUGGUACCCUGGGGUAGUGGGGCUGAACAGACACAGCAGGCGCCUUGCUCUUCUUCCUGCCAAUACUUUAUUUAAUAAAGUCCUUUCUAUUGUGUAA